GUUUCUGCAAUGUCUCUAUAUUAUUGCAUUGCAAUCUGCAACAUUGUUACAAUGUUGCUGCAAUUUUCUGUGCUGUAUGGAAUAUAACUUUCAAAUCUGCAAACAAAGUUAAAAUUAGCAGAAACCUCAAAUUUAAAUACACUAUCUAUGUUAGUGACGCAAAAAAAUGAAAAAAAAAGAAAAAUAAGGACUGUUAAAAAAUUUAAUAGUGACACAGAUUCUAAUUCACAAAUUGUAGAAUCUGUGAUAAAACCAUUUCCAAAACUUAAUUCGCACAAAGUUACUCAGAAUACGAAAACGAGUGAUAGUAAAUGCAAAAAUUUACAAUAUAUAGACAAUCACUCGGCAUCAUCAUCACCAUCCCAAUUAGAUAAUAAUAUAUGUGUUGACAGGCAGUGAUAUGUUCUCAGUCGGCAUGCAGAUUCAAAAAGAAUUAAAAAAGAAUUCAGAUUUAUGUCAUCAAUUUAGUGUUUAUAUUGAAAUGCAAAAAGAAUUCUUUUUUUAAAGAGUUCUUUUUGCAUUUGAAAAUGAAUUUUCAAUGAUUACAUAAGUCUGAAUUCUUUUUGAAUUCUCUGUGCCGACUGGGCCUAUAACUGUACCAAAGAGUAAAAAGAGAGAUACAAUAACAGAGAUUAAUGUAAAAAAUAAGAGAAUAAAAAACGAUAAUAGUGAGAAAAAUGUUAAAAGUAAUAAAGAAAAUUUGGUCUCGUGUAUAUCAAAUGGUACGUGCCAUGUAUUUGUAUAAUUAUAUAUAUUUUAUAAUUAUGCCUUAGAUCUCGUUCGGAUGGAUAAAUAAUUGUAGUCGUGCGUCUGAGCAUGGUAUAAAUACAAGGGUAUGUUCAUUACACGUGAAACUACUGCGCAUCUCCAAGACUACGACAUAGAUACGUCAUACGUCGGCUGUUAUUUAAUAUGGCUAUCCCGAAAUUGUUGUAAAGUGGCGUGAAGCAUGCGGAAAAGAAAACAUUAAUCUUAAAAAUGCUAGGAUAUGUUCCAAGCAUUUUCAUCACAAAAAAUUUGCAACAACAACUAUUGGAAUAUCCUCCCUCAAGAGUAAAAAAGUUGCUUCCAAAUGCUAUUCCCACAUUACAUCUCAGUACUGCACUACCACUGCCAGCAUCCAGCAAUGAUUUAUUUGAUACCGGAAGAAGCACUACUCUAUCCAACACUUUCACAUCCAACAAACUAUCGUUGAAUACUGGUGGAAGCACAACUCUAUCCAACACUUCUACAUCCAAUGAUGGUUCGUCGACUGCGGAAACAUUCGAUGGAAUGUCACCGGCGCACAAUACAGAAACUAACAUGUCUUUACAAAUAUGCGAUCUUCAACUUCAGUUGGUUACAUUGGAGAUGUUAAGCAAGCAAAAAGAAAGAGAAAAUCAACAUUUGGAACAAAGGAUGCAAGAAUUAUUAUCAAGUAUAUUCAGUCCUGGACAAAUACGAAUGCUUUUGAAGUCCUCAGUAAAGAGAAUUAAAUGGUCUUUUGAAGAUAUCGCGCACGCGAUAUCCUUACGAUGUGUGAGUCCAAAGGCAUAUCGAUAUAUGCAAAAUGUUUUGAAAAUGCCGCUUCCUGGAUUUUUAACUUAGGGCUAUGUUCAGAUUCCCCACCCGGGUGCACCUAGACAUCAUUCUAUCUCUGUUUAACAUUCGGUAAACAACAAAGAUAAAACGACAUCUAGAUGCACCCGGGUGGGGAAUCUGAACACAGCCUAGAAGGUGGGCAAGUACGGUUGAUAUUAACCCGGGUGUUUUAACUGCUGUGCUUCAUUGCAUAAAAGCAAAAAGUAAAAGCAUGCAAGAUAUUCAGAAACUAUUGAUAUUAACGUUUGAUGAAGUCUAUUUAUCUAACAAAAUAGCUAUAGAUCGUAAAAUGGAAAAAGUUAUUGGUUCGCAUAAAGCUUGCCAAUGUGUGAUGGUACGAAGUUUGUUUGCUUCUUGGAAACAACCAGUGUAUUAUCAGUUCGAUAAAUCAAUGGAUGCAUAUACUCUCCUCUAUAUUAUUUCACAACUAUAUGAUAGUGGUUAUAUAGUCGUAGCUAUAACUAGCGAUAUGGGUCCGGGCAAUAUAAAAUUGUAGUCGAAAUUAAAUAUAGGAAUGCGUUCUAAAAAAUGUUACUAUUAUUAAUUAUUACUAAUUUUGUUAUUAUUAUUAAUUCACUUAUUUUAAUUAUUAGCAAUUAUUGUUUUCUAAUUCUUUAAUGACAUUUUUAGAUCAAUUCUAUUGGAAUAAAAUACACAAGUAUCAAUGAAACAAGGAAAUUUUUCUUUCAUUAAUAAGCUGCAACGGAUGAUUUAAAUAUUCUCUUGCUUGAUGAUGAGGACCAUAAUGACUUAAAGAACGUAUCGCAUCUUAUGCUUGAUGAAUUAAUGAAACCAUUACCGGAUCUUAAAAUAAACUACAAGUAGGGCGACGUGGUCAAAGACUUAGAAAUCGGAAUUACUACGAAAUUAUCGUUCCUCUAUAUGAUGAUAUUUUAUUUAAGGAACAUUUUAAAAUAUCUCGUGCAACAUUCGAGGUACAUAUAAUAAAUUUUAUAUUACAUGUGAGACUACAAAGGACGAUGGCACUUUAGGGCCGAAAUUUGCCCAUAACGGGGAACCUGUGAAUUUGGUAUAUUUUUAUGUUUUUGGGUCUGCUGAAUUUGAAUAUAAAAUUUAAAAUUGUCCAAAGUGCAGGGAACUUUAUGAAAAUACAAUAUUUCUACACAAAAACCUAGUUUUGCAAUACAUGUUUUCUAAUUUUGAACUCAAAGACCUCUUUUUUUAUGAAUUUCUUUAAAAGUGGGUCUUUUAAAUCACCAUAUUCAUCAUAUAUUCGCAUGCACGCGCACGCACAAAAAAAAGAAA